AUGGUUAAAACCCGUACAUCUGAAGAACCUCUUGAACCGUUUGAAGACAAUCCUGAGAAGCUCUUUCGUAAGAAGAGUGAGACCGAAAAAGAUCAAUUAGACAAGGAAAGUGAAGGGAAGAUCAUUGUAGUCGAUAUGGCUAUUAUACCUACACUUCGUGAUGAUGUUGCUGUCUCGGUUGCUAAUAUUGGCCAUUCAUGUAUGGUUUAUCCUAAUCCUGCUUUGGGGAAAAGCAACAGUUUUGAAAUCAAGCAAAAUUUGCUCAUGAGACUACCAGUCUUCCAUGAUCUUCCAACUGAGGAACCUAAUCAACAUCUUUCUAGGUUCGUGACUAUUGUGGAAAGCAUGGGACCUGACAUGGCAGACCCUCAAAUUCUGAAGAUGAAGGCUUUUCCAUUCUCUCUUGAUGGAUCAGCUCUUGACUGGCUAGAAGAAUUGCCAGUGGGUUAUAUUACUUCUUGGGAGAAACUGGCCCAGGAAUUCUUGCAGAAAUUCUAUCCGGCCACUCGAGUCAUGAACAUGAGAAGCCAAAUAGCUGGAAUUCAUCAAAAUGCCACUGAAACUUAUGCUGAAUAUUAUGCAAGAUUCCAAAAGCUACAAAAGAGAUGCCCACAACAUGGAUUUUCUAAAGGGAGUCUUCUUCAUUUUUUCUAUCAAGGUCUUCAUGAAGGUGAAAAGAAACUCUUGAAUUCAGCUGUUGGUGGUGCUUAUGUAGAUUUAUCUCAUGAUGCUGCGGAGAAACUAAUUGCUAAGGGAGCUGCUAAUGAACUUCAAUAUGGUAGUCGUGCAAGUUCUGGCACUACUCAGGGAGCUCAAUCUGAUCAAAGGUUCUCAAAUAUUGAGCAGAGUAUUGAAAAAUUGAAUGCAUUACUAUUGAGCGGUAAAGCACCGAAAGCUCAAGUCUGUGGUAUUUGCUCAACUCAGGGACAUUUUACUGAUGCAUGUCCUACAUUGGUUGAACCUACUUUAGAAGAUGUUAAUGCUAUUGGCUUUGGAAAUCAAGCAGCAAAUCAGUUUUCGAACACUUACAACUCAAGAUGGAAGGAUCAUCCCAAUUUGAGGUAUGGGAACACUAACAAUGCUUUGAAUGGGUUUCAGUUUCAAAACAAUUCUACACCAUCUGGUUUUCUACAAAGGGGUCAAGUCCCUCAAAGCUCGAACAAUGAUAACACUAUUGAGAAAUUAUUGUCCAAGUUGGUUGACGGGCAAACAGAGAUGCAAAAACAGUGCACUACAAACUCUCAAGAUAUCAGGGAUAUGCAAAAGCAGUGCAUUACCAAUUCUCAAGACAUUAGAGAGAUGCAAAAACAACUUGGGGAUGUGAUUAAGAAAAUUAAUCAAGAACAUGAGCCUGGAAGGUUGCCUGGAACUACACAACCAAAUCUGAAAUUCGAGCAUGCUAACAUCAUUACUACUAAGAGUGGCCGGAAUGUCAUUCCCACUCAGAAGAUAUUGGAAAAUCAAGUUGAUAAGCGUGGCAUCGAAAGAGACCCAGCAACUGAAACAGCUUCACAUAAAAAACCAGAUGAAGCAAAGGAGAAUUCUCAAGCCAAGGAGGAUAGUCAUGAGAAUGAGGAUGAAGCUGAAAUUGUGCACAACAAUUCUGAGGAGAAACAUACUUCUCCAAUUUCUGCUAGUAAGUCUCUUAAACCUUCAAGUUCGGUUAUUACUAAUAGUCGCUUCGAUUCUGUCCCUUUCCCAGCUAGGUUGGUUCAGACAAAGAAGAGUGCAUUAGAGACAAAUAUUUUGGAGACUUUUCGCAAGGUUCACAUUAAUUUGCCUUUACUGGAGUGCAUUCAAAACCUCCCAGCAUAUGCCAAGGUAUUGAAGGACUUGUGUACUAAACGAAGGAGGCUCAAGGGGAGUGAAGUUGUUGAGAUGAAGGAGAAUGUGUCUGCGGUUCUACAAGGAAGGUUACCAAGGAAAUGUAAGGAUCCAGGAAGCUUCACUAUUCCUUGCACCAUUGGUAAAUCUAAAUUUGAGAAUGCUUUACUUGAUUUGGGUGCGUCAAUUAAUGUUAUGCCAUCUAGCUUGUAUGAGAAAUUGUGUAUUAAAACUAAACUUAAAACAGAUGGUGUUACAAUUUUAUUAGCUGACAGAUCUCACGUUUACCCGAAAGGUGUUUUGGAGGAUGUUCUUGUGCAGGUUGGCAGGUUUUAA